AAGGCUGUAACUUAGGAGGAGAGGCUGGACCCUAUAAAUAACUAGUCUGGGGGUGGCGGUAGGGGAGGCGAGUGACAUUGCAAAAUGCCGAGCAGAAACCGGUCUUCUCAGUCCCUGACCUCGGACACUGCUGGUUUGGUCCGGUGGGAACCGACAGCUUGGGCUCCCGGCAGGUUGGAACUACAGCUCCCUCCGUGGGGCUCUUGAUUGGAAGCACCCUGCAUUGGGCACUAAGAUAAUCGCGGAAUUCCGCCACCACUUUUCCACAUGUAAAAACUGAGGGCUUGUGAGAGCGUUAUACCGAUAUGGCCUCCACCUGCCCAAAUCAGGAAAAAAGGAAUUCCAAUGGCGAGCCCUGCUCCUUUACCCUGCAGCUCUCUCCCUCUCAUUCUCAUUUCAAACCUAGCCUAGAGGUGCAAGAACCCCAACCUUCCGCAGCUGCUCCUUUCUGCAGAACUACAUGUCCCAGCAGGCCUGGGGUCGAGCCCAGCCCGCUUGCGGUUAAGCAGUGGCCCAGCAGGGGCGGGCCCGCCGGCGGGAGUCGGAGACUUGGGACGCAGGACUGAGCAAGCCCGAAAUGCCAGGGGCAGAGCACAGAGCAGUGGCAGGAAGGUGGGGCUGAGGGGCGGGGCCUCAGGUCCGCCUGAUAACCUGGGAGGAGGGGUCGAACGUCAAGGGCAGGGCUGGACUCUGAGGCCCGAGGCGAGACUGGAUGACUGGGGCGUGGCCGAGGAGCCCCAGGGCGGGGCCCGAGGAGGGGCUCAGCUGUACCCUGCCAGGCAGAGCCCCGCGCGGCGCGGUGGCAGCUUCACUCUGGUUCAAGCGCAGGGGAUCGGCGGGAAGCUCCUUCACCCCCGGUUCUGCCGGGCUGUAACUGCAAUGGAGGCUCUCGUGGUCGGCAUGGAGCAAGCAGCAGCACCAACCCUUGGAAAGACAGGCCUCACCAUGCCCAUCUGAUGGAAGCCGGUCCCACCAGCUCAGCCCCAGGGCUCCUUUCUGCUACUGCAUUCAGGCAGCCAGGUUGAGAUGAGCUCGGUCAGAUAGCCCCACGGCCCACUCCUUUCUUAGCAGCCCACUAAUGCUCCAGAAUCCUCAGGAGAAGAGCCAGGCCUAUCCCCGCCGCCGCCGGUCUGGCUGCUACACAGACCGUCAGAACCCCGAGGCCAUCGCAGCCGCAGCUAUGUACACCUUCCUGCCCGACAACUUCUCGCCUGCCAAGCCCAAGCCUUCCAAAGAACUGAAACCGCUGCUGGGCUCUGCGGUUCUGGGGCUGCUGCUUGUGCUGGCCGCGGUGGUGGCCUGGUGCUACUACAGCGUCUCCCUACGCAAGGCGGAGCGACUUCGUGCGGAGCUGCUGGACCUCAACGCUGGCGGCUUCUCCAUCCGCAACCAGAAGGGAGAGCAGGUCUUCCGCCUGGCCUUCCGCUCCGGCGCGCUGGACCUCGACUCCUGCAGUCGCGAUGGCGCCCUGCUGGGCUGCUCGCUCACGGCCGAUGGGCGGCCGCUGCACUUCUUCAUCCAGACCGUGCGGCCCAAGGACACAGUGAUGUGCUACCGCGUGCGCUGGGAGGAGGCGGCGCCGGGCCGGGCAGUGGAGCACGCCAUGUUCUUGGGCGACGCCGCGGCCCACUGGUAUGGUGGCGCUGAGAUGAGGACGCAACACUGGCCCAUCCGCCUGGAAGGCCAGCAGGAGCCCCAGCCGUUCGUCACAAGCGAUGUCUACUCCUCCGAUGCCGCGUUUGGGGGCAUCCUCGAGCGCUACUGGCUAUCUUCGCGCGCGGCCGCCAUCAAAGUCAACGACUCGGUGCCCUUCCACCUGGGCUGGAACGGCACGGAGCGCUCGCUGCGGCUUCAGGCGCGCUACCACAACACGCCCUACAAGCCACCCGCCGGCAGCGCCGCAGCGCCAGAGCUGAGCUACCGAGUGUGCGUGGGCUCGGACGUCACCUCCAUCCACAAGUACAUGGUGCGCCGCUACUUCAACAAGCCGUCGAGGGUGCCAGCACCCGAGGCCUUCCGAGACCCCAUUUGGUCCACGUGGGCGCUGUACGGGCGCGCCGUGGACCAGGACAAGGUGCUGCGUUUUGCCCAACAGAUCCGCCAGCACCACUUCAACAGCAGCCACCUGGAAAUCGACGACAUGUACACACCUGCUUAUGGCGACUUUGACUUUGACGAGGUCAAAUUCCCCAACGCCAGUGACAUGUUCCGCCGCCUGCGCGACGCCGGCUUCCGUGUCACGCUCUGGGUGCACCCGUUUGUCAACUACAACUCGUCGCGCUUCGGCGAGGGCGUGGAGCGCGAGCUGUUCGUGCGCGAACCCACGGGCCGGUUACCCGCGCUGGUGCGCUGGUGGAACGGCAUCGGCGCGGUGCUCGACUUCACGCACCCAAAAGCCCGCGACUGGUUCCAGGGACACCUGCGGAGGCUGCGCUCUCGCUACUCCGUGGCUUCCUUCAAGUUCGACGCGGGUGAGGUCAGCUACCUGCCGCGGGACUUCAGCACCUACCGGCCGCUGCCGGACCCCAGCGUCUGGAGCCGGCGCUACACUGAGAUGGCGCUACCCUUCUUCUCGCUGGCAGAGGUGCGCGUGGGCUACCAGUCACAGAACAUCUCCUGCUUCUUUCGCCUGGUUGAUCGUGACUCUGUGUGGGGCUACGACCUGGGGCUGCGCUCACUCAUUCCUGCGGUGCUCACCGUCAGCAUGCUGGGCUACCCAUUCAUCCUACCCGAUAUGGUGGGCGGCAACGCCGUGCCCCAGCGUACAGCCGGCGGCGAUGUGCCCGAGCGCGAGCUCUACAUUCGCUGGCUGGAAGUGGCCGCUUUUAUGCCAGCCAUGCAGUUCUCUAUCCCGCCCUGGCGCUACGACGCGGAAGUGGUGGCCAUCGCGCAGAAGUUCACCGCCCUGCGGGCCUCGCUUGUGGCGCCGCUGUUGCUUGAGCUGGCGGGCGAGGUCACCGACACGGGUGACCCCAUUGUGCGCCCCCUUUGGUGGAUUGCGCCCGGCGACGAGACAGCUCACCGCAUAGACUCUCAGUUCCUUAUUGGGGACACGCUGCUUGUGGCCCCGGUGCUGGAGCCGGGCAAGCAGGAGCGUGACGUCUAUUUGCCCGCCGGCAAGUGGCGCAGCUACAAGGGUGAGCUUUUCGACAAGACGCCGGUGCUGCUCACGGAUUACCCGGUCGACCUGGAUGAGAUCGCCUACUUUACCUGGGCGUCCUGACCCAGCCCAGGGCCCAGUAACCGCACAGCUCCCAGCCUUCAUGCAGACCUCGAACCCUCCGUCACAUUCGCACCAUGUGCUCCCAGGAACCUCCACCUCUAUGCCACCCAUUAAGUGGUUGCUGACCUAAAUGUGCUGGAAUCAGCUGCUGAGGGUGGGGUCUGGGGAGGGGGCACUGAAGCAAUCUCCUGCUCCAACGCACAAUCCUGACUGUGCCCAUUCCACCCCCACACUCACACCAGUCUGCAGAAACCUCUUCCCUGGGGUGGAAGCCAGAGAGCUUAGAGGAAAAAGGUCAGCUCUGUUCCUGUUAUACAUGGUUGAGGUUUCAAAGCACAAAGAGAAACCUCUCCAUCCUGGCUUUGGUGGCCAUGUUUUUCCAUCUGAGGUGGGGACUUGAUCUUAUUUAAGGUCCCCAAAUAGCCCCCACCACAGUUAGAAAGUGUGCUUUCUUAGUGUUAGAAGUCAGGCCCUGAGUCCCCAGCACUCACCUGAACUGUGGCUGAUUUGGUCCCAGUCCAUCUGGGGAGAAGGUGUUUGGCUAACGGACUAGGAAGCAAGAGAUCCCCUCCCAGGGAACAGGAGGACUGGGCUUAGCACAGAGCCAUCAUCAUGUUCCUUAUUUGUGACGAGACUUCUAACACUGCACUCACCCAUUUGUGUACAUACAUGGCCUCAGCCCUGGGCCAGAUGUGUCUGAUGGAAACGGACUUGCAGGGCCAUGCAGGCCAGACUUUGUGCCUUAACUCAAGUGUGUGUGUGCGUGUGUGUGUGUGUUUGUGGGGGAGGGGGGGAGAGAGAGAGACACACACAAAUCAUGGGUCCCUGAUCUAUGAAAUGAACACAACCUUUCUGAGGCUGGAUAAACUGGAGGGGGGGCAUGGAGCAAAUUUGAGGCUCUGAUUGCUAAGCCAGCCUCCUCCCAGGUGGUUUCCCUGGGACUCUAGUAGGAAAUAAAUAGCCCUUUUAAGAUUCCUCAGCUGCCUCACUCCCUGCACAUGUGCCUGGGGUGUGGUCUAGAAGGGAGUGAUGUUCUUAUUCUGAUGGUCUGUACUUCUGAACACAGGCUACAUGCACACGCUGACAACUACCAAUAAACAGACGGGAAGGUCUUUCAUCUCAGCCAUUUUCUCUCUCUCUUUUUUUUCCCCAAGAUGGAGUCUUGCUCUGUCACCCAGGUUGGAGUGCAGUGGCGCAAUCUCAGCUGACUGCAACCUCCCCAUCCUAGGUUCAAGCGAUUCUCCUGCCUCAGCCUCCUGAGUAGCUGAGAUUACAGACGUGCAUCACUAUGCCUGGCUUUUUGUAUUUUUUAAUAGAAACGGGGUUUCACCAUGUUGGCCAGGCUAGUCUCAAACUCCUGACCUCGUGAUCCACCUACCUUGGCCUCCUGAAUUGUUGGGAUUACAGGCAUAAGCCACCAUGCUAGCCAUUUCUCUUUCUAAGAAGAGCAACCUCAGUCAGAGUGAGUUUUUUCUGACUUUGCAGCUGAGUCUGGAGAAAAGUGGCAUGCCAGAGAGGGUAAGUGGGAAACAGGGUGAACUUUAGCGUCUAUCAACAGCUCUAGUAGCAAAACCAGUCCCCUACCCCCUAGAGAAUGCAGCCCUUUCCCCACCUGAUAUGCUUUGGCUGUGUCCCCACCUAAAACUCAUCUUGAAUUGUAGCUCCCAUAAUUGCCAUGUGUUGUGGGAAGGACCCAGUGGGAGGUAAUUGAAAUAUGGGAGCAGUUUCCACCAUACUGUUCUGGUAGUAGCGAAUAGGUCUCAUGAGAUCUGAUUAUUUUUAAGGGGUUUCCCCUUUCACUUGGCUCUCAUUCUCUCUUGUCUGCCGCCAUGUAAGACGUGCCUUUCUGUCAUGAUUGUGAGGCCUCCCCAGCCAUGUGGAACUUUGAGUUCAGUAAACCUCUUUUUCUUUAUAA